GACACGUGACGGUGUAGUUGAACUUUUUUUGUUUAUAGUGAAUCCCCGAAUCAAUGUUCUGAACACGACUUCGGAUUUGUGAGGUAUUGUGUGGCAUGUAAGUUCAAUUUGUUUUAUUUCCUUGUGACACACUCAACAACAAGACCUUGGCAAGCAUUAUCACUCCAGUGUGUUCGUUUAAAUCCUUUUGUUACGGAAAGCCGAAGAUGUCAGAAUUACUUAUGUGUGAAAACAGACGAAACUUUCAAUUUAACAGUAUGUAGGUAACAUGACGUCAUCCAGAAGUUUGUUCUUGGUUGUUUAUUUUGUUCUCCUUGCUGAAUCUCGAAAACGGAAUCUACCACCGCAGAAACCUCAUAUUGUAUUUAUAUACGCCGAUGAUUUGGGUUGGAAUGACGUCGGCUGGCACAACCCUAGUAUUCCGACCCCUCACCUGAAUAAAUUAGCUUCUGAAGGGGUCAUACUUAACUCUAUGUAUGCUCAGCCCACCUGCACUCCUUCCAGAGUUUCUUUGCUGACUGGAUACUAUCCAUUCCAUACGGAACUUCAGAAAGCCGUAAUGCCAGUAGAAGCCUUGUACCUGCCAGAUAAAUAUAAACUCCUGCCGCAGUACUUGAAGGACCAGGGAUACACCACACAUAUGAUUGGCAAAUGGCAUCUAGGGUUCUGUAAUGAGAAGUAUACUCCUACACGGCGUGGGUUCGAUUCUUUUUACGGUAUAUUGAGUGGAAGUAAUGACCAUUAUACACACGAAUUAGGUUCUCCAGUUCCCGUGUCGUUUUCCAACAAGCUUUUUCUUAAUAGCUCGAUCAAAGGUAGCCUCAAGUCAUCUCUGAAGGUCCGUGUCCAGACGUAUUUUCAGGGUGUUGACUUCCGGUUCAACGAGACCUCCUGGAAAGACGACCUGCGAAUGUACUCCACGCACGCCUAUACUAAACGGGCCGUGGACAUUAUCCGAAGUCAUGACCCAAGUACACCUCUCUUCAUGUACAUGUCCUACCAGGCUCCCCACAUGCCUAUUGACGUUCCCAAACGUUAUGCUGACAAGUUUCGACACGUCGAGAUGCAGGAGCGUAGAAAAUAUUUAGGAAUGGUUAGCGCCAUUGAUGAGAGUGUAGGGGCUAUCACUAGAGCUUUGAGAACCUCUAAAUUGAUGAACAACUUGCUUUUAAUAUUUACCAGUGAUAACGGUGGUAAUCCCUACUAUGGUGGCAACAACUGGCCCUUGAGAGGGGCCAAAACCUCCAACUGGGAGGGAGGUACACGAGUGCCCACCUUUGUAUACAGCGAAACUCUUCUGCUUAGGAAGAAGGCAACAACAAACGAAAUGAUGCACAUGAUAGACUGGAUGCCAACUCUUCUAGAAGUAGCUGGUCGAAAACCAGUCUACGGCAUUGACGGAAGAAGCCAGUGGCGUAUGAUCAGCAGGGGCACGUUGUCGUCCCGGGAAGAGUUAGUCUACAACAUUGAGCCCAACUCUGGGAAAGGGGCCAUCAGAGUCGGAGACUACAAGCUUCUUAUAGGCAAACCAGGUAUGCAGAACGAUUGGUACCCCCCUCCAGAAGACACGCACGAGCCCAGGAUGAGGUAUAGUGGAGGGAAAAAAGACAAGGUCAAUGUCAAGUCUGAGCACUUUUUCUUGUACAAUAUCAAAGAUGACCCAUUUGAAAUACAUAACCUCUACAAGGAGCUUCCGGAAGUAGCCGAAGUCUUGCUAUCUCGCUUUCGGAGCUAUAACAACACGAGGAAGGCACCCCUGGAACGAAUAAUAGACCCGGCGUCUAACCCCGAGAACUUUGGAGGCUUCUGGAGCCCAGGCUGGUGCUGACCUCGCCUUGGAAGAAUCCAUUCACAACCUGAACAUCAGCACUUGCAUUUCUGAUAUUAGUAAAAAUAAAGAAAUAAAGUUGUCCUUUCAGAUAUUGCCAACUUUAAAAUGGUAUCAUUGUUGAUUCCCUGCGUAUUCUAACCGAAAGAGAUGGAGAACAAAUAACAUCAGUCAUCUUUUCUUUUGUCAACGCGGCAAGUGAA